ACAGUACCCCAGGCAUAGCAGCCUAAGCCCAGUGGGAACAGCGUCACUCCUCUUGGCAUAUUAACCAGCGUCCACUGUAAGCGCCAAACACACCGCGACGGAGGACGUCAGGCUCGCGUCCCAUCCUCUGAGCGAAAUGCUCCGCGUACCGGAUCUCACUCACGCUAUUCUCCCGGAUUCCGUCCGGCGUUUCGGCGAGGGGGCAUUCACACGCACAGGCAUACAAGCGGGAUAAAGAACUCCUCGAUGAAGUACGGAGGUUAAAUUCAGAAUAAGCCCAAAAAAAUUAAAGAAAAAAAAAAAGUGAAAAUAGGUAUCACUCCCCGCCCCCGGUCCGCGCGUAGAGGAUGCAAGAGGAGUCAGCACAAAGACGCAACAUCUGCAACUUCAGGAUUUACGUGUAAAGACGUUUUUUUGUUUGUUUUUUUUAUUGGAGGUCGCGGAAUUAUAAGUAAACAUGCCUGUGAGAAGGGGUCACGUUGCGCCGCAAAACACGUUCCUUGGAUUAAUCAUCCGGAAAUUCGAGGGUCAGAAUCGCAAAUUUGUCAUAGCCAAUGCGAGGGUGGAGAACUGUGCGAUUAUAUACUGUAACGAUGCUUUCUGUGAGAUGACGGGCUUCUCAAGACCAGACAUCAUGCAGAAGCCCUGUACCUGUGACUUUCUCCAUGGGGAUCUCACCGACAAGGAGGCGAUCAACCAGGUGGCGCAGGCUGUGCUUGGCUCCGAAGAGCGCAAGGUGGAGAUCACCUACCACCGGAAGGAUGGGUCUGACUUUCAGUGUACUACUCACAUAAUCCCAGUGAAGAAUGAAGAAGGAGUGGUGAUGAUGUUUAUCUUAAAUUUUGAAUAUGUUGUGGAUGAAGGAAGUGACCACUCCACCGAGAACAUAAGCCCUGCAUCCCCUACAAAGUCAGAUCAAAGAAGGAGCAGAUUCUUUCGCUUCCGUCAGGUCGCCUUGAGCCUGAUGAACACCAACAAGCAAUCUCUUCCACAAGAGGACCCAGACGCCGUGAUGGUGGAUUCUCCCAAAGAAGAUGAGGACUCGGUGGCCAUGGAGAGCUUUCCUUCACCCACAAAGAGCAUUUGCAGUCCUACUGAGGCCAAUGACACGCGUGCCCUCAUAAGUUCUAGCCACCACUCUUCCCAGGCUAGCAUCGGCCCUGAACCACUUGAUCACUCAUCCCUGAAAGUCCCCUGGGACAAGUUGUACCAGACAGAGCCUCACCAGUCCUCCACCUCCCUGUCAAACACCUUCCCCAGAGGCAGCACCGGCAGCAUGAGGAGAGCCUCAUCCAUCCAUGAAAUUGAGGGCUAUAGCUCCAAUUCAAAAAGUGUAUUUAGGGACCGACAUACAAGUGAAGGCCCUUUCAACCAUGUGAAGUCCAGUCUGCUCGGCUCUACCUCUGAUUCAAACAUCAACAAGUACAGCACCAUCAACAAGAUCCCCCUGAUUGCUCUCAACUUCACGGAGGGCACUGAUAAGAAAGCUCAUUCUCCCCCAACCUCUGAGAAAGCCAUCAUAGCACCAAAAGUCAAAGACAGAACUCACAACGUCACAGAAAAAGUUACACAGGUCCUUUCCCUUGGAGCCGAUGUACUUCCAGAGUACAAACUGCAGGCGCCUCGCAUUGAUAAGUUCACCAUCCUCCACUACAGCCCCUUUAAAGCAGUAUGGGACUGGCUGAUCCUGUUGCUGGUCAUCUACACAGCAAUCCUCACUCCUUACUCUGCUGCUUUCCUACUCAAUGACCAGGAGGAGCAGAGGAGACGUGAAUGUGGCUACUCCUGCAGCCCUCUCAAUGUAGUGGAUUUGAUGGUGGACAUCAUGUUCAUUAUUGACAUCCUCAUAAACUUCAGGACAACCUAUGUUAACCACAACGAGGAAGUGGUUAGCCAUCCAGCUAAGAUAGCGAUCCAUUACUUCAAAGGCUGGUUCCUCAUCGAUAUGGUUGCAGCAAUCCCCUUUGAUCUUCUGAUCUUUGGCUCGGGAUCUGAUGAGACAACCACUCUCAUUGGCCUGCUAAAGACAGCGAGGCUCCUACGAUUGGUGCGUGUCGCAAGAAAGCUGGACCGUUACUCUGAGUACGGAGCUGCUGUUCUGAUGUUGCUCAUGUGUAUCUUUGCCCUAAUUGCCCACUGGCUGGCCUGUAUAUGGUAUGCUAUCGGCAAUGUGGAGAAGCCCUACCUAGAGCACAAGAUUGGCUGGCUCGACAAUUUGGCAUUGUCCAUAGGGAAGAGAUACAACUACAGCGAUCCUAACUCUGGUCCCUCCAUCAAGGACAAGUAUGUCACCGCCCUUUACUUCACUUUCAGCAGUCUCACAAGUGUGGGCUUUGGGAAUGUUUCCCCCAAUACCAACUCAGAGAAGAUCUUUUCCAUAUGUGUCAUGUUAAUUGGUUCCCUGAUGUAUGCCAGUAUUUUUGGAAACGUCUCUGCCAUCAUCCAGAGACUGUACUCUGGGACAGCCCGCUACCAUGCUCAAAUGUUACGGGUCAAGGAGUUUAUCCGCUUUCACCAGAUCCCAAACCCUCUCAGGCAACGGUUAGAAGAGUACUUCCAGCACUCAUGGACCUACACCAAUGGCAUUGACAUGAACACGGAGGUACAUCCAUUUGCGCCAUUUGUUUUGUGUAUAAUCUAUUUGAAUAUUCCUUAAAGAAAAGACAUAAUCGUAUUUCAAAGCCAUUUAAUUCAUGUUAUUGGAGUUCAUGUUAUAUAUUCGUGGUAAAUUUAAAUAUUUUAUUCAGAGCUAAAAUGGUUUUACUUUCUUUUUAUUAGAGCUAUAUUUAGAAUGCUACUUGGAUGGGUAAAAAUACUUAGUAAUUCAGAUAAAUAAUAUAAAUUAUGUUUACUAUAUUUUCCCACCAUAGUACUAUUACGGUACUUUUUUUUAACAUUUUGCUAAAACCUGAUUGGAAAUAAUCCAUAUAAUUACAGAUUGUUAUGUUGUCAUAAGUGGUUAAUGUCUUAAUUGCUGUAGAUAACUUGAUUUACCAUAAAUCUAGUAGUGGGUGCUGGACGGCUCAGUUUGCUGUACAUGUGCAAUAUAUGAACAUGUGCAACCAACUGACUUUUGUAAAUGUAAAGCAAUGUAAAAAGACUAUUACAAAGGCUUAAUUGAAAAGUAAUAAUUUAGUUUUACCCUAUUUAACUGUUUUCUCUGACUGAAAAUAUAUUCAUUGUUCUGUUAUUAAAACAAGAUGAAGACCUCUUUAACAUUGGAGUUGUUUUAAGAUGGUUCACUUUAGUCUUAAGCUGUUUUCAUGCCCAUGCUUCAGUCUUUUUAGCAAAGUAAGCUAGAUUACCCCUGAAGGAAGAUGCCUGCUCAAAAUAUAAAAUGUUUGACAUAUGAGAUAAAAGGUUAUGCAUUUUGGUCAGCUUCUUGAUCAACAAAUAAUAAAAAAGAAAAUAUAAAGGAACUGUUUCAUUUGACUUUCUCUGAAACAUCCUUGCAAUAAAUCAUUUCACUGCAAGAAAAUUUUACUUAAAUCCAUAAAAGAUUAAAAUCUAUUUAGUUUGUUAUUGCAGCACAUAAACAUUGGUUGACCAAAGUACUACACAAAAUUAGAUAUAUAUUAUUAUACAUGAAUAAAAUUUAUAGAUAAACUCAAUUCCAUAUUGAUCAAACAAUAGCAAUCAUCUUUGACUAAAAGUCAGUCAUGUCAGAUAGACAGAGAUUUAGACUAAAUAAUUAGCUAGAUACCUUAAAUUCAUCAAAGUGUCCCAUAAAAUGUUUGUUUUUUUUUUUCAAACUAGCCGAUUUCUAUUUGUACAUUUACAUUGUGAUAUAGUGUUUUAUAUUUUCAGUUGAAAACCUACUAUUAAAAAUGUUUGAACUGGAUUGGUAAAAUAAAAAUGAUCAUCAUUUUGGUUUAGAUAAUGGUAUUAGUUAGCAAAAUGACAUAAUGAAAUGAUCAAAUAUGGAAACAUUAGUGCUUUUGGCUGCUGGAAUGUCUACAAAGUACAUAAUCUGCACAGGCCAAAAAAAUGUAAAGAAUCAACACAUAAAGAUUUUAAAAACUACAACAGUUAUGGUUUCUGAGGAGCUAUUUACUAUUUUAGUAUAGUUUGCAAAAUGAUAGGAUUUUCUUGAUUUUACAAAAUAUGUUAUGAUUUGCGUUUUCUGUUGGAUUCUUUCUCAGUUGCUUUUUUUUGGGGGGUUUUCUGGUGUAUUGUACUAUCUUCAAAUCUCAAUAUCCUUUUUUUCCUUAGCGAAAGUGCAGUUAUUUGUCUUGUAACUGAGGACAGCUUCCACUUUGUAGGACAUAGAUUAUUAAAGCAUUCCUGUAUGAUAUAUAACCUAUUUUUGAGCAUUUUGCUGACAGAGUUGUUUGU